AUGGCAGCAUCGGACGACGAGACGCGGUUGCCGAUCCUCGAGAAGCUCACGAGCGACGCGGAGGCCCACGCACGCUCGACGACGCGCGUCCGGCGCAGCUUCACGGGCCUCGUAGCGACCGUGCUGGUCAGCGCCGUCCUCGCAUUUGGCUGGUCGCUGCCAUCGAAGCCCGACCCGCCGCUCCAGGACGCACCCCACGACUUUUCCGGCGAUUUGCUCAUGCGCUGCGAGACCAGCACCCUGCUCCAGCCACUCGACCACUUUGGGGCAUCGCCCACCGCGGCGUCGUUCCAGCAGCGGUAUUUUACCUGUGGUGAGUUUUUUGAUGCGGCGAGCGGUCCGAUCUUCUUCUACACGGGCGGCCACGCCGACGUCGAGCUCUUCCUCAACACGACCGGCGCCAUGUGGGAAGCCGCGCCGGCCGCUCAAGCGCUUCUGGUCUUUGCCGAGCACCGGUUCUUUGGCGCGUCCAUCCCAUCAUCAUCGUCAUCGCUGGACCACCUCUCGACGGCGCAGGCGCUCGCCGACUAUGCGAACGUGAUCACGGCGCUUCUCGCUCGUUUUGGCCACCGCCCGGUUGUUGCAUUUGGCGGCGGCUACGGCGGCCUCCUCGCGUCGUGGCUGCGGCUCAAGUUUCCGCACCUCGUGAUCGGUGCGGUUGCAAGCUCCGCGCCACUCCUCGCGUUCGACGCGGACGUCGACCAUGAGGCGUUUGCGCGGACCGUCACGUACGUAGCAAGUCCCGUGGCCGGUGCCCACCCCAACUGCAUCCCCAACAUCCGCGCGUUGUGGCCCAAGCUCACGGCGGCGGCAACAUCGUCGAUCGGUUACGCACAGCUCGCCGCUGCGUUUCGCCUCUGCCCCAGCAGCCAACAUCCUUUGUCCACUUCUCUUGUGUCUUGGAUCACGACGGCGUUCGAAGGCUUGGCCGUCCACAACCACCCGUUCGCGACGGCGAGUCUGCCGGGGCACCCGAUGCGCGCCGCCUGCGCGCACUUGGCCCACGACUGGUACGCUGAGAGCUCCGAUAGCGAGCUCUAUGCGGCGGUGCGGGAAGCGGUUGGCGUCUACUACAAUGCAUCCGGCGACGUACCAUGCUUUGAUCUUAACAACGACCGCGACGAUCAAGCCGAGCGACGACGCAAGGGUGUAUUAUACGAGUACCUCGCGUGCACGGAGCUCUACACUCCGCGCGACUAUGCUGGCGGCGACGACGACAUGUUUCCACCUCAGCGCCACAACGAAACCGCAGAUGCUAUGCGCUGCCUGCAGACGUGGGGUGUCCAAUUGCGCCCGUUCGGCGCACACACCAUGUACGGCGGGCGUGCGGGGCUCGAAGCGGCGACCAACCUCGUGCUAACCAACGGCGACAUGGACCCGUGGAGCCACAGCGGCGUGCUGCAGUCGCUCGCACCGUCCGUCGUGGCCGUGCGCAUUCCAAAGGGCACCCACCAGUCCGACUUGUAUUUCCAUGAUGCGACCGACUCGGACGACCUCAAGUCGGCGCGCAGUGUGGUGCGAGCCCACGUCCAGCAUUGGCUCACGGCCUUUUCCAAGCAAUAG